CACCAGGUCCCAACCAGAGAUUCCCCACCGGCACCCGGCGAUCACCGUGUAGAACUGGUAGGGGAGAGACCUCAAGGGCAUGCUGCUGUGUAUUUCUCUAUGCAGAAAAACUACACAGCAGCAUCUCUCCUUAGUAAAACACACACAGCACAUCGUGUAAAACACACACAGCACACUGUUAACCCUUUGAUCGCCGCAGAUGCUAACCCCUUCCUACCCAGUGUCAUUAGUACAGUGUCAGUGCUUUUUAUUAGCACUGAUCACUGUAUUAGUGUCAUUGGCAUGUCAGUGGCAGUUAGUCAGUUCCCACCCAGUGUCAGAAUGCCCACCGCAGUCCUG